AUGCCCGGUAACGAAGCAUUGAGGGUGAACCCUUUCGUGGUCAAUGACCGCACUGUGGACAUUCACAUCACCACCCAUGGUUCUGAUUGGUAUUAUGCUGUGAUGUCCGUGAUGGGUGUCACUAUGCUUGUAAUCCUCGGCACUAGCUUCCUCAAGCCCGCCAGUAGUCGGAUCUUUCACUACAUUCUUGCAGCAGUCGCCUUUGUUGCCAUGAUCGAGCACUACAGCAUGGCGUCCAACUUGGGCUGGGUGCCCAUCGACGUCGAAUGGCAACGCUCUAGCCACCUGGUGUCUGGGGUGAAUCGGCAGAUUUGGUGGGUAAGGUACUGCGGAUGGUUCUUGAUCUGGCCACUCAUCUCCCUGGCCAUCCUUCUCACGACCGCAGCCCCUUGUGUGCAGAUCCUCUGGACAUGUUUUCUGAGCUCUGCCAUGGCUGUUAUGGCGGUGGUGGGUGCCGUGGUCCGCUCCGAUUACAAGUGGGGCUAUUACGGAUUCUGGAUCUGGGCCUGGCUCAUUAUCGGGUAUCACCUUGUCUGGGUUCCCCGCCGAUUUGCCCAGGUUCUCGGCGAAGAUGUCAAGGUUGUGCACGGCGUCACAGCCCUAUGGGUCUGGUUUCUCUGGAUGCUGUACCCAGUAUGUUGGGGCAUAAGCGAGGGCGGCAAUGCAAUAUCGCCAGACUCCGAGUUCAUCUUCUACGGCAUACUCGACUGCUGCCUGAUCCCCAUCACAAGCGCCUUCUUCUUAACCUGCCAGUGGAAGAUUGACCCUGAGCGUUUGGGGCUCUACAUGCGCACUUACGACGAUCCGAUUCCUUCUAGCAGAAGAGCGCCCGCUAAGGAAAAGACUGGGGCGACGAACGGCAACGACGUCGCUGCGACUGGAGCUGGUGGCCAGGUUGAGUCGGAGAACGUCCCUCCAGCCCCGGCUAAUGUUUGA